AUGCAUCCGGGCGCAUUUGCAGACGAUCUUUGGCUUCUCUCGAGAGUUGAGAGUCUCCUCGACUGUCUCACAGAUGAAUCAAAAAUACAGAAGAAAAAGUUUGGUUCCAAAGCGAAGGGAGAACUCUCGAGAGAUUUCGUAUCUGUAAUUAGGGGUGUUCGCCCGGCGUUUAUGCUCGAUUACGCACCAUUGAUGACGAAAGAAGACAUAGAAUUGAUAUCUAAAAAGCUAAAUGAAGACGUUUUAAUACCUUUGUCGCGGUCGCGCGGAAGAGGAGGAGAGGAAGAAGAAGGAGUGCUUUUGAAAGUUUGUAGUAUUCUCGACACGGUUGUGUUCGUUACAUUAGGGGAAGAUGAGGAGUUGUUGUCUCACGAUAUGCCAAUUUUAGUGGAUUUAGACCAAGAAAACGCGCGCGCUCGAAAAAUGACACCAUUAGAGAUUACGGUUAUGACCGCUUGUCGUGCGAAAAUAUCCUCGAACUCAGGUGUGAAUAUCGACGAGAGCGAUCUCGGCGAAGGCGCCAUACCUCCACAAACGUUCGUCGGAUGGAUGCUUGGGUAUCCUAUUUUGUAUUAUUACGGAUCGAAUAAGAAAUACGAAAGCGAGGAGGAAAAAGAGCAGAUCGCCAACGUCACCGCACGAAAGCUUUCUUUGUGUUCGCUGGUGAAAGUCGAAUGCAUAAACGACAAGGACGAGGUGAUGUAUGGGUUCACCUAUCCUGAAAGUCUAAUUGAAGACGCGCUCGUCAAAGAAGCUCUGAAGCGUUGGAUGGAUGGCAUAGAAAAAGAACAAAAAGAACAACGACAACAAGAACAUGCGAUUGGUUUAAGUGUUCGUGUGACGCAUCGUGGACCUUCCCCGAUUGCGCUGUAG